GCCCUGCGCCUCAGCCCGCGCGCUCGCCGCUUCUCGCUCUCUCCGCCCGCCCUCCCGCUCCCUUGCUUGCUCGCGCUUUCCUCGCGGAUCGGAGAGACUCUAGCUACAGCUUGUGGCUGGGAAGGGAGACGGAGGCCGCAGCUCAGGGAAAGUGAAGCUGCAGUAGUAGCAGUAGGAAGAUGUCGGGCGAAGACGAGCAGCAGGAGCAAACUAUUGCCGAGGACCUGGUCGUGACCAAGUAUAAGAUGGGGGGCGACAUCGCCAACCGGGUGCUUCGAUCUUUGGUGGAAGCUUCCAGCUCAGGUGUGUCUGUACUGAGCUUGUGUGAGAAAGGUGAUGCCAUGAUCAUGGAAGAGACAGGGAAGAUCUUCAAGAAGGAAAAGGAGAUGAAGAAAGGUAUUGCCUUUCCAACCAGCAUUUCCGUAAAUAACUGUGUGUGUCACUUCUCCCCUUUGAAGAGUGACCAGGACUAUAUACUCAAGGAAGGUGACUUGGUAAAAAUUGACCUUGGGGUUCAUGUGGAUGGCUUCAUUGCCAAUGUGGCUCACACUUUUGUAAUUGGUGUAGCUCAGGGGACCCAGGUAACAGGGCGGAAAGCAGAUGUCAUUAAGGCCGCCCACCUAUGUGCUGAAGCUGCUUUACGGCUGGUCAAGCCUGGGAACCAGAACACACAAGUGACAGAAGCAUGGAACAAGGUCGCUCACUCAUUUAACUGCACACCAAUAGAAGGUAUGCUGUCACACCAAUUGAAGCAGCAUGUGAUUGAUGGAGAAAAGACCAUUAUCCAGAACCCUACAGACCAGCAGAAGAAGGACCAUGAAAAGGCAGAAUUUGAGGUGCAUGAGGUUUAUGCUGUGGAUGUCCUCGUCAGCUCAGGAGAAGGCAAGGCCAAAGAUGCAGGACAGAGAACCACCAUCUACAAGCGAGACCCCUCUAAACAAUAUGGCCUGAAAAUGAAAACUUCACGUGCCUUUUUCAGUGAGGUGGAAAGGCGUUUUGAUGCCAUGCCGUUUACUUUAAGAGCAUUUGAAGAUGAGAAGAAGGCUCGAAUGGGUGUGGUGGAGUGUGCCAAACAUGAGUUACUACAACCAUUUAACGUUCUCUAUGAGAAGGAGGGUGAGUUUGUUGCCCAGUUUAAAUUUACAGUUCUACUCAUGCCCAAUGGCCCCAUGCGGAUAACCAGUGGUCCCUUUGAGCCUGACCUGUACAAGUCUGAGAUGGAGGUUCAGGAUGCAGAGCUGAAGGCUCUUCUCCAGAGUUCUGCAAGCAGAAAAACCCAGAAAAAGAAGAAAAAGAAGGCCUCCAAGACUGCAGAGAACGCCACCAGUGGAGAAACCUUAGAAGAGAAUGGAGCUGGGGACUGAGGUGGGUCCCCUCCCCAGCUUGUCAUUCCUGCCUCACCCCCUCCCACCGCACCCCAGGCUCUGUCAAGUGCAGUUCGUCUUCUCCACCCAAGACUACCAGCAGAGCGGGGGUCUUCAGCCCUCAUCCCGGUCCCCCACCUACCCACCCACUCCUUUCAACAAAAAACCAGCUCCGACUGACUCUGGUGUUGGGAGACCAGGCUUCCCAGCCACCGAAGACUACUUUUAGUAGAAAAAAGAAAUUGAAUAAUAAAAUCAGGAGUCAAAAUC